AUGGAGACUCUAGAUGGGGCCCUCCAACGCCAUAUGGGGGGCUCCCUAGGCCCCUGCGACGCCGCAGAAGCAGGAGAGACACCUAAUGAGGAGGGCCUUAAAAGGAGCAGCAAAGGGCCCCACACAGCGCAGCAGCUAACUGUACCCAAUGUCUCCUUUGCUGCAGUGGAGAUACCAGGCAGGGCUAGCAAGCCAGAGACGGUGCUGCGUAUAUUGGGGGGCCCUGAGGCUGCCUCUCGGGGUGUGGCAUUGGAAGAAGGCGGGGAGCCGUUGCUGCUCCGUUUAGGGUGCAGCAGCAACAGCAGCAGCAGCAGCAGCAGCAGGUGGGGGCAUAUCCUUGCCUCUCGUCAAAGUGCUGCAGGAAUCCUCUUAAGAAGAAGAAUCCGCAAAUCUGGGGCGGUCGAAUUCGCCCCCGUGGGGCGCGUCAUGCAGCGCCACGUCUUUACAGGCCUUGCGGACUUUUACUUCAUCCCUCCCCCGGGGCACCGCGGCGAGGAGACACUGGAGUCGCAGGUGGUGGCUGAAGCGCAGCGCGCAUGCAGCAGCAGCAGCAGCAGCAGCAGCUCCCAGGGGUCCCCUUAUAUACCCCCGCCCUUCUUCUGCAAGGGGCAGGCGCCAUUCCCAUAUAAAGUUGAAGCCCCAGUGCCCCCUGCCUUUGCUGCAGAGGCCUUUAUAACGGGAGACACGCAGCAGAAACAGCAGCAGCAGCAACAGCUGCAGCAGCACAAGCGUCAGCGCAUACAGCAGCAGCAAGAGCAGCAACUGCAGCAAGACCAGCAGCACCAAGAAGAGCAGCUCUCCGGAGAGCAGCAGCAGCAGCAGUUGGAUGGCGGCCGGCGCCACAGCAGCAGCAGCACAGCUUCUGCAGUGCAGCCUGCAGCAACAGAUGCAGCAGCAGAUGCAGCAGCAGAUGCAGCAGCAGAUGCAGCAGCAGAUGCUGCAGCAGGUAAAGCUGCAGCAGCUACACCAACAGUAACAGCAAACGGAACAGAAGAAGAAGCAGCAUCAUUUUCGACUGGGGGAGACAGCGUUGGCCUGUCAGUUGCUGCAAAGGCAGCAGCAGCACGUGCAGCAGCAGCAAAAGGAAAUCGAACCCCCCGCUUCCUCCCUUCCCUCUCAGCAAGAGCAGCAGCAACAAAAGCAGCAGCAGCAACAGCAGACGCAGCAGACGCCAAAUCACCCGAGAAGCAAACCCCUGCAGCAGCAACACCAGCCGCGGCAGCAGCAGCUACUGCUGCUCCAGCCCCAAAUGCAGAAGCGUAUGCUCGAGAGGCCCCAUCUGAAGAGGAAGAUGCUGCUGCUGCAGCAGCAACUGCUGCUGCUGCAGUUGCUGCUGCAGCUGAAGGAAAGGGCGCGACGGAAGCAGCAGCUUCAAACCCUUCAGCACCUACGAAGGAUGGAGCAGCCGACGCUGCUGCUGUUGUAAACUCCACUGCAGCAACGGCAGCGGCUAGCAGCAGCAGCAGCAGCAGCAGCAAGGACGAAAGCUCUGCGUUUAACGCCGUUGGCCGCAUAGGCGAUGAACAGCUGCCCGUGGCGCCCCCGCCUGCAGCAUCAAAGGCAUUUGCAGAUGGCGAUUUGCUGCUGCUGCUGACGGAGCUGCUGCAGAGACAGCCCGUGUGGCUGCGGUCUUCUCUUGACUCGCAGCUGCCCCGUUCAUACACUGCAUGGAGGAAGAAGCCUGCAUAUGCCAAGACCUGCUUUCUAUUCGCAGGGGAGAAGAGGCCCCCGCCGGCUGGCGAGCUCACCAGCAACAGCAACAGCAGCAACAGUGCAGCAACCGCAGCAGCUACAGAUGCAGCAGCAGCGCCAGCAACUGCAACAACAGCAGCAACAGCAUCCGCAAGAGCAGCAACGAGCAGCAACGAGCAGCAACAAGAGCAGCAGCAACAGCAGCAGCAGCAACAGCACUGCGUGCGUGUACCAUCGACUUCAGGGAUCCUUUCUUCAGAGCCACCCACUGGAAGGCCGCCGCUGCAGCAGGGGCCCCUGCUCCAGGCUCGAGACAGCAGCAGCGAGGUAUAA